AUGGAUUCCUGGUUUGAAAGAACGAGAGGAUUUCUGACCAUGGAAGAGCUAGCUUCAGACACGUUGCUGACUACUGUUACAGAAGACUUCUUUGACACUGCUGUGAUUAUUUCCAGGAGUAGUAGUAAAGGGAAAAUUCAGAUGUUGGAUUCCUUCAUACUUAGCUUAGGACUCCUGGUGACAGAAAACACUGUAAAUCUUUUGAUUCAACAGGAGGCUCUGAGGACUUUGAACUUAAUUCUGCAUGCUGUGCCUCGGGAAGAGAGGAAAAAACUCCCUUUGUCAGAAGGCACAUGUCGUCUUAUGAAAGAACUUGCAAGGACAAUCUUGACUGUGGGUGAUUAUGAUCAGCAGGUUACUAUUUCUGAAGCAUUGUGUAGACUGACGACUAAAAAGUCAAGAGAUGACCUGGCUCAUCAGUGGUUUGAAGACGAUGUCAUUGCUGAGGCUUUCAAAGAAAUUAAGGACCGAGAAUUUGAGACGGACUGUAGAUGUUUUCUCAAUGACCUAAACAAUAGACUUGGUGACCAAAGAAGGGUCUAUUCAUUUCCUUGUGUUGCUGCUUUUGCUGAUGAGCAUGAGAUGAGAAAACCAGCAGAUGAAAAAUUAGAGAAAUUUUGGAUUGAUUUCAACCUAGGAAGUCAGAGUGUAACUUUUUAUAUAGACAAUGCUGAGAAUCUUCUGUGGGACUCAGUGAGACUUUUGAAGGAAGCAGUGGUUAAUUUCAGCAUAAUAGAAACUGAGAAGAUGAAGACAUUUAUCAUUUACCUGAAGAAGCCUAUUAUUAUCAGUAGCAAAGAAGUGACAAAAAUAGAAAUCCAUUUUGAUCUGCAAUUCGACAUAUCACAUGCUUCCAUUCAAGCUUUAGGAGAGGAUAAACAGAUGUUGUUUAACCAGAUGAAAAUCUCCCCAGAACGUUCCAGUACGUUUGAGAAAGAAGACAGUAAGAUUCUUAGUAGUCAUGAGAGAGAAAGAGAGCAGGCAGAUGAAUCCACCCUCCUGGCAGAGGACUUGAGUGCCGCAGGUGACCACUCCUUCAUAACGCUCUUGAAUGACCAGUCUGAGCCACCCCAAAAAAAUACAGUUGAUAGUUUACCUGAAAAAUUUAAACUGGAUGAUACACAGCAAGAAGUUACUUCAAAACAUGAGGAGUCUUCAGAUUUACAAAAAUCGUUAGAUAUAGUUCAGACUCCUAAGCUGGAUGAGGAAUCUAGGGCAGCUUCUGCUUUCAAGAGUGACAAAAAGCCAGAGAUAAAGACAUUGGCCACCCUUGUGGUGGUGCUGGCUAUGGCAGUGUCUGUGGCAGUGGUGCUUAUAGCGGCUGCCUGUUCAGCUGCAGUGUUUGCAGCAGCCAUGGGGUUUCCUUAUGGUGGUGGCAGCUGCAGGGGCCUCCCACGGGGCUUUGGUGUCUAUGGCUGUAGCAGUGUGCCACCCAUGGGAAUGCUGCUCUGCAGUGACCUGCUCUGCAAUGGCCGACAGUUUUGGGACUGGACAAUGGCUCCGUCUAAUUACAGGAAACAUCUCUUCUCUGAGAGUGAUCAAGGUGCAAGUACUAGUAGCAGUGAACUAUCUUGGACCAGUAGUCAAAAAAGAAAAUCCCUAAAACCAUACUCUAGUAGAAAAAAGAAAAGAGUCAGAAGCAGUUUAAGAAUCUUGCCAAUUUUCCCUCUCAGUAGCGGCAGUGAUCGUGAGAAAGACAGAGCUAAACUUCUAACACCAUUAAGGAAGGACACACCCAGUCAAAAUAAUACCACAUCUCCAAAACUUUCUGAAACAGAAUUCCAGGGUAGUUCUGCCUUCUUGACUCCUGAAGAUUCUGUCCAGAAAACAGAACUUCAGAGUCCCCACCCACUGAGCAUUCUCUCUACCUUGGAGUACUCAAAAGAUGAAGAAAAUGUGUCUCAGAUUGUGAGCCAAGAGUCAUUUAUGGAAAGUGCUAGCCUCAAACAUACGCUGCAAAACUUGGAAGAUGGAGACAUACCAGACAGGAGUUUUGCUGAGUGGAGACAAUCGAGACCCCCUCGUAAACCCUUGGAAGACUGGUUCCCAGAAGCUGUUACAGCAGGCAUUUCUGCUUCAUCCCUCGAAGCCACGCCAGAGACCUCGGACGCUUCUACCAUUAUUACGAUUUUUGAGAACUUCACUAGAGAACUGAAAAAUUACGAGCUUAAGUACAGAAAGAGUCCAGUUUCUUCAGAAAAUGCAAAGGAAACACCAGAUUGCCUAAUAAAACUUUUAAACCAGAUACAACUGUGCAGGCUCCAUAAACUAGAGCAGUUUCACAGUUUUGUUCUUCAAGAGUUGAGCAAUCUUGAGAAAGAUAUUCGGGCUCUCAAACACCUUGAGAAGGAUGUUCUGGAAUUUUGGGGAAAACAGUCUGCUGAUCUGAAAUCAUUCUGCGACGUGCAAAUGCAGAGGCUUAAUCCAGCUCAGCCUUGAUGAGGAAAGCCAAAGCCCCUCUGCGUCCCUUGGUCUGCACCACCUGAAGAGGACACUAAAGGUGGAGUUUACUGUUGGCUCAGGCCACACAGGCCGUCCUCUAGUGCUCUGUGCCUGUUCACUUUGCCCCACUCCGCGGAGAACCCCGGGGAACUGCUGAACUGGAAUAGAAUAUAUGUUGGUAGUUUACAACUGUGCUAUUCAUCUGUUCACAAAGGUUUACCUUUUGUAUUAAAAUUUGAUCAGAUAAUAGAAA